CGGGUCCGAACCGCAGCUGAUGGGUUCCGACGUGAGGGACCUGAACGCGCUCCUGCCCGCGGUGUCCUCGCUGGGCAGCGGCGGCGGCUGCGGGCUCCCUGUGAGUGGUGCUGCUCAGUGGGCGCCGGUGCUGGACUUCGCGCCUCCGGGUGCUUCGGCUUACGGGUCGCUGGGCGGUCCGGCGCCUCCGCCAGCUCCGCCGCCACCUCCGCCGCCACCCCACUCCUUCAUCAAACAGGAGCCCAGCUGGGGCGGCGCCGAGCCGCACGAGGAGCAAUGCCUGAGCGCCUUCACUUUGCACUUCUCUGGCCAGUUCACCGGUACAGCCGGGGCCUGUCGCUACGGACCCUUCGGUCCUCCUCCGCCCAGCCAGGCGUCCUCCGGCCAGGCCAGGAUGUUCCCAAAUGCGCCCUACCUGCCCAGCUGCCUGGAGAGCCAGCCCACUAUCCGCAACCAAGGAUACAGCACAGUCACUUUCGACGGGGCGCCCAGCUAUGGCCACACGCCCUCGCACCACGCCGCGCAGUUUCCCAACCAUUCCUUCAAACACGAGGACCCCAUGAGCCAGCAGGGCUCUCUGGGCGAGCAGCAAUAUUCGGUGCCGCCCCCGGUGUAUGGCUGCCACACCCCUUCGGACAGCUGCACAGGCAGCCAGGCCCUGCUGCUGAGGACGCCCUACAGCAGUGACAAUUUAUACCAAAUGACCUCCCAGCUUGAAUGCAUGACCUGGAAUCAGAUGAACCUGGGAGCCACCUUGAAGGGCCACGGCACAGGGUACGAGAGUGAGAAUCACACAACCCCCAUCCUCUGUGGUGCCCAGUAUCGAAUACACACCCAUGGAGUCUUCCGAGGCAUUCAGGAUGUGCGACGUGUGUCUGGAGUGGCCCCAACUCUCGUCCGGUCAGCUUCGGAGACCAGUGAGAAACGCCCUUUCAUGUGUGCUUACCCAGGCUGCAACAAGAGAUAUUUUAAGCUGUCCCACUUACAGAUGCACAGCCGCAAGCACACUGGUGAGAAACCAUACCAGUGUGACUUCAAGGAUUGUGAGAGAAGGUUUUCUCGCUCUGACCAGCUCAAAAGACACCAAAGGAGACACACAGGUGUGAAACCAUUCCAGUGUAAAACUUGUCAGCGCAAGUUUUCCCGGUCCGACCACCUGAAGACGCACACCAGGACUCAUACAGGUAAAACAAGUGAAAAGCCCUUCAGCUGUCGGUGGCACAGUUGUCAGAAAAAGUUCGCGCGGUCAGACGAAUUAGUCCGCCAUCACAACAUGCACCAGAGAAACAUGACCAAACUCCAGCUGGCGCUUUGAGGGGUCCGACCGGGGGACAGCUCGGCAUCCCAGGCAGGACAGUGUGCAAACUGCUUCCAAACCCGAUUUCGAAAUUCCUCCCCACUCAUCUACAGAGUGAUUUGACGGUGGGUCGUCAUCCAACUUCCAAGACUGCACAUGUGUUUGGCCACACCCUAUCAGGUCUGCUGGGAGGAGUCUGUGCUCCACCUCCUUUUGGCUAACUCACAGGCCUGAAAAGUGGCUCGAGAUGUCUUGCUGGUUGAAAGAGCAUUGCCGUUUCAGCCGAACUUUCCACUGUUAGAAGAUACAUUGUUGCUAAUGUCCCCCUACCUCCCUCGUCUCCUUCAAUUGUUCCAUUUUCCAUCAGGGGAUAUUUAUAGGCCAGGGCAUGGUGUGUGUGUCUGCUAAUGUAAACUUUGUCAUGGUUCCCAUUUACUAACAGCCCUAGAAAGAAAUAAAUCAGAGAGCAAAGCACCAGGGGCGAGUCCCGCCCAGAAUUUCAGAGGUCAGGCUGCAAACCCGGAAUCCUGGAAGGCAGGAAUUCUUGUAAAGCUCAUAGGUUUUAGGAUUAGAAUUAACCGGAACCUCUGCAUAGAAACCUGAAGGAACCUUCCUGUUCAGCUAGUCAUUGCUAACAUUAGCACCGUGCUCUUAAGAAAUAAUGUUUAAAGAGCAGAGAUUUUAAAAAAUGUUUUGAUUUAUUUUUUAGCUGUAAUUAGGUACAUCUUCAGAGAUGUACUUUCCUUUUCAUGCAAAGGAAAUGGAAGAAUUCAUUUUCAUCAUCUGGGGUCUCUUUAGAAUGUAAAGACCACACUGGCUAUGUGGCUUCGAGUUGUAAAAAUUAAAAUGACUUUAAGAGAAACUAGGGGCUGGUCCAGGAUCUUCACUGGUAAGACUGUUCUUAAGUAACUUAAGUAUCUUUGACUCUGAAAGUAUGUGGGGGAAACAAAAAGAUAUAUUAUUGUGAGGAAAUCCAUUGUUUAAAGGUGUGUGUGUGUGUUGUUGUUGUUUUUUAAAGGGAGGGAGUUUAUUAUUUACUGUUGCUUGAAAUACUGUGUAAAUAUAUAUGUAUAUAUGAUGUGCUCUUUGUCAACUAAAAUUAGGAGGUGUAUGGAUAUUAGAUUCAUCACUGUGUAGAUGUCAAUCUUACAGUGUAUUGAUAAUAAUACUAAAAAUGUAACCUGCAUUUUUUUUCACUUGGCUGUCAA